GUUGUAUUUAGAGAGUUGGAGGUUUGAUAUUGCAGCCCAGGCAUUAACCCAGCUUAACCGGGCCAAAUGGAAUGCACCGCAACUUUUACCUCUUACACAAGACAUCCAAAGGCUACAUUGCUAUCUAGAAGAAAAACAGCAGCAACAUCUCAAAGAUAUAAAAGAAUAUCGUUCAUCCACAAAUUGGAAGGAACUUGCAAAAGUAACGCUGACUCAAGUUAUGCUUUUUAAUCGGCGGAGAGCAGGUGAAGUGUCCCGAAUGCGCCUGUCUGCAUACUUAUCGAAGGACACAUCAGAGGAACAGGGAGAUGUAAAUUUGGCCCUCACAGCGCUUGAGCAGAAGCUCUGCAGGCAUUUUGUGCGAAUAGCAAUUGUUGGAAAAAGAGGAAGGAAGGUUCCUGUUCUUCUAACCCCAGUAAUGAGAGAAUCACUUGAUGCUCUUACUGAGAGCAGAGAAGAAUGUGGGGUGCUGAAGGACAAUGAAUAUCUGUUUGCAUUGCCACAAUCUGCCCAUUACCUCAGGGCUUGUGACUGCAUGAGGCAAUUUGUCAGUGAAUGUGCUGACAUAAAAAAUCCUCAAGCGCUAACAUCAAUUCAACUGAGGAAACAUAUUGCUACCCUGUCUACCGUUCUGAACCUCAAAACCACCGAGCUCGACCAGUUGGCAGACUUCCUUGGUCAUAACAUUGCUGUUCACAGGAAACACUACAAGCUCCCAGAAAGCACCCUCCAAUUAGCCAAAGUAAGUAAAGUCCUCCUGGCAAUGGAACAAGGACGCCUAGGAGAUUACACAGGAAAGAGCCUCGAUGAAAUACAAGUCGAUGUAAAUGAGACCAUUGACAUGGAGGGACCUUUAGCAGAGGACAUUGAAGAUGUCAGUAUGCUAAGAGAUGAUGGGUCAGACGAUGAGGUCAGCAUGUCAUCCACGCAAGAAUGUACCUCCACAUCACAAAGUCAAAACCAGGGAGUGUCUGCAACCGGUGAGCUUGAACGCAAUUCUUACCUUUCGUGCAUUUCACACAGCACGUGGCAAAAAUUUGAACAUCAACAACUCCACCUCCCUUCUUUGUCCCACCCACCUCUUUCUCCUGCAACUCUGUCAGGAGACCUGUCCGAUGCAGAGGCUGCACAAUCAGUCAAACACAACCCCAGUUUUAAAACUGAACACUGCGUCAGUACUGCCUGAAAUUACAAGUAGCAUUAACUUUGAGGUUAACGUGAACCCACCUAUUGCUUAUAGGUUGCUCUCUCGGCACGGACUUCAUACAGGGAUAGCACAGCUACUCCAACACGUCCCUGUCACUACAGAACAUCUGGAAUGUGCGCGAUAAGGUGAUGCAGGACAAUUCCCUGAGCACAUUAUCCAAGUCUGCUUCAUGGCAGCAAACAAACUCCACGGUUGAUCGCUGUG